AUGAUUAUUCGCUGCACUCGAGGCAGAAAAAAUGCUUUCCCUCACCUCUCUUUCCUCGCUUGUCACGCCUCCUGUCACGAUUGUAUCAAAGAGGCGCUCGAAAAGUUCUUGAUCUGGUUCCUGAGACUCAACAAAAUUCACGAUAUCCGAUACGAUGGCCUGACACUCGAGGCUCUUCCCCCUUGCGAAGAAACGCACCAGGAGCGCCUUCUCCAAAAGAUUGAGCAAACACAAUCGGGCAGCGGACAGGUAGGACAUGAGAUGCUCCACAUCCCCGAGGAGAAAAUAGUCAAUGAAUUGUUUUCGCGAUUUACACCGCAGAUGAGGCCUCACGACCGCGUCGAAAAAUUCAGGGUCCUUAAAGUAUACGAAUAG